UCUCAUUUCACGUUUCCUCUGUGCAUAACUGUUUAUUAAACAAACUCCAUUCCAGGAAAUUCGACAGGGAUGAGAUUGAAUUUAUUUUAAAAUUUUUUAAACUAAUUUCGAUAUAUUUAAGACAUCACCGUCUCCGGCAACAUGUGGAAAUGUCACAAAUGCGGGAAACCUGUUUAUUUCGCCGAGAGGAAGCAGUCCCUUGGGUACGACUGGCAUCCGGAGUGCCUCCGCUGUGAGGAAUGCGGUAAGAGGCUCAACCCUGGCCAACAUGCAGAGCACAAAGGAGUGCCUUAUUGCCACGUACCUUGCUAUGGAGCUUUGUUCGGCCCACAGCUUUACGGACACGGUACGAGAGUGGAAUCGCACACCAGCUUCGGGAAAGUUGAGAACAAAUCAGCAGCAAAGAAUAUGCCUAGGUCUCAUUUAGAAUCAAAAUUGAAGGUAUUCAAUCAAUAUUACGAUGGGAAAAGUGGAGAAAUAAGAUGUCGAGAGGUAAAUGGAAGACUGGUACUUGAAGGUGCGCUCCGAAUUUACUGGGGUGUUUCAGGAGUCAUUCACUUGAAGGAGGACGUCGAUCAACGAACUGUCGUCACGGUCCGGAAAAGGAAUUCGUACCGUUACAGCGGUGUGAACGGUUUUGGCCCAAAGGCGGAGAGUUAUGAAAACGGCAGUACAACGCCGAACGAACAGAAUAACGCUGAACUAAAAAAUGGCUCAACAGCCGCAUCUUCACCGAUGGCCGGCGAGGACGAUUCGCAGAAUUUGACUGGCAAAAGCCUCACCCUCCCGUCAAAGCUGGAUCUUAAAAACCUAGAAUGGAAUGAAAUCGAUGAUCUUUUGCAGGUAGAAAGACGAGUUGAGGAUGGCGAGAAGUUAUACAGAACAAUGCCUUCUUCUUUGCCGAGUGCUGGUAGACCGGCAUCACUUGAAACUGCGAACUCUGAGGAAGGGGAUCGGACUGUCGACUCAACGCCUUCGACGCCUUCAUCAUCAGAUCCAUUUUAUACAGACCGCGACCCGUACUCGGAUAGCCUUGACAACACUCUCGAAGGGCGUGGCUUAGAUGAAAGCGAGCCUAGACCGAGAUCGUUCGACAGGAGCCAGAGCAAUCCAGAGAACCUCACGGCUUCUGCCGGCCUGACAGACAGCGAGGAGGAGUCUACCAGGUCUGAAGUAACAGUCGUAAGGAGGAGGAGGCGUGGCGACGCGGCCAUCAGGCGCAGGCCGGGUGCAAUAAGGCGAAGAAGAGCAGGUGCCAAGCUUCGACGGAGAUGUUCCAUCAACGGCCAUUUCUACAACCGCGAAACUUCUUUCUUCACACCUCCUUUCGGCUCUCAGAUGUCAGUCUGGGUAACUUCUUUAGUUUCGACUCAAGAAGUUAUCAACUUAAUGCUCGACAAGUAUAAAGUUGACUCUAAACCGGAUUUCUUCGCGUUAUUCAUCGUACGCGAUAAUGGAGAACAAAGAAUGCUGAAGGAAGAUGAAUAUCCUCUUUUGACGAGGGUGAUGCUCGGCCCACAUGAGGACGUGGCCAAGUUGUAUCUCAUGGAUAGAACGACCACUGAGGAAAUAUCGCCAGAAGUCGCACAGUUUCUCAAUCUGUCGAUGUUCGAGUGCAAUGCCAUUCUUGAACAGUACAACACUGAACAAGCCAGAGAGGAGCGGAGAAUCCAAGCCAAAUUCCGUGAGAUGAAGAAGAGGAUUAAACAAUGCAUGGAAGAUUUAAAAGUCCGUUUAUAGUCGGACGUUUCCAUUAGUAAUAAAAGUGAGUCAAUUAGAAGAAUAUUGAGUUUAAAAAAAAAAUUCCUUUUUAUACUGAUUUUGUUUUUAUAUCUGCUAUAAUAAUCAAAUGCCAAAUUGCACUUUUUAAAAAAAAUCAAAUUCUUUCACUUUUUAAGUAUAAAUUUCUCAAGAAUCAAAAGCUGUCUUCCUUCCAAAUUUUAAGGCUAGUCACGUAUCAUGGUGUUCUUUCCUAAUCAACUAAAAGCAAUUUUCUCAGAGGCCUAGAUAUUCAAAUUAGACUAAUUGAUAUUUUUAACUUAAAGCACAAUUUUUUUUUAUAUAAAAUUAUAGUCUAGAUGUAAAAUUAAUUUUUGUUUUAGAUGAUGUAUUUUUUAAAUAUCGACCUAUAAUUUUUUAAAAAUACUAUAACAUUUGUGAUAUACAAGACAUUCUUUACAAUCCAUAUUUUUUUUAAUUGUAUCUUUUAUAAUUUAAGAGGAAAAAAAUAUUAUUAAUCGGCAUA